GUGAAGUCCUUAAAGGGGCCGCGGCACCAUCCUCUUCCUCCUCCCCCGCCUUCUCCCCCCGUCGCCCGAAUGGCAGCAGUUUGCGACAAACUAUGACGAGGGCGCCGAAUCGAAGCAGCUGAUGAGGGAGGCGAGCGGCGGCCGCUCCGGUUUCCUUCGCCGCCUUUUUAAGAAGCAAAACCUUCUUAAAGGCGAAGCAGAGGCCUCCGCUUCAUUUGUGAACAUGUCCCAAUCUUACAGUAUGGCAAAGGCCCUUUGGGCUGAAGAAUGAGCUUUUCCUGCAUUCGGUUCAGUAAGAUCUGCUUCCUGCUCUCGGUUAUCUUUUGCGCAGUCCUGCUCUUGCUACUCCCCAAAUUCCAGGGCAAUUUGAGACCUAGAAGUUAUCCACUGCCACAUCCACCUUCUGUUAUCAAUGCUUCGAACAAGAGUGAAGUCCAGUUGCAGCAGGCAGAGUCGAGCUCAAUUGAGAAUUUGAGUGAUGAGACUAACAAUAUUGUGUCCUUUGUGAAAGAGGAACUAAUACAAGAAUGGAGCCCUCACGUCACAGACAUUGGGAGAUCCAACCAGAAAGUUAACAGCAAGAUGCAUGAUAACCUAUUUAAUCCAUGGUAUAAUGGGGUGGAAGAUCAUGUGGGAUCUGCCAAAGUCUCUGUGAAGGAAAAGUUGGAGUUGAAGGAUAUCUUUAUUGCUGUGAAAACAACAAGAAAAUACCAUAAAACAAGGUUGAACUUGCUCUUCCAAACAUGGAUUUCCAAGGCCCAGGGGCAGACAUUUAUAUUUACAGACUGGGAGGAUCGGGAGCUGCGUCACAGAGCAGGGGAUCACAUGAUCAACACCAACUGCUCAGCUGUUCACACCCGCCAAGCACUCUGUUGCAAGAUGUCUGUGGAAUAUGAUAAAUUUCUAGAAUCUGGGCAAAAGUGGUUUUGUCAUGUGGAUGAUGACAACUAUGUGAAUCUGCAAAAUCUCCUGCGUCUUCUGUCUGCCUUUUCACACAGCCAAGAUGUCUAUGUUGGGAGACCAAGUUUAGAUCACCCCAUUGAAGCGGUAGAUCAUGUCCGGAAUGAUGGAUCAACCACUGUGAAGUUCUGGUUUGCCACAGGCGGAGCAGGAUUCUGCAUCAGCAGAGGCCUUGCCCUCAAAAUGAGCCCCUGGGCUAGCUUAGGAAGCUUCAUCAGCACUGCCGAGAGGAUUCGCCUCCCUGAUGACUGCACAAUUGGCUACAUAAUUGAAGGGUUGUUGGAAGUGAAGUUGCUGCACAGCCCCUUGUUCCACUCACACUUGGAAAACCUGCAGCGACUACGUGGUGAAGCAGUGCUCGAACAGGUUACCUUGAGCUAUGGUGGUCCUGAGAACAAGCAUAAUGUUGUGAGUGUGGGAGAAAUGUUCAGUGUCCAGCAAGACCCAACCCGAUUCAAAUCUGUCCACUGCCGCCUCUAUCCUGACACUGCAUGGUGCCCCACUGAACCGGUGAAAUGACAUCUGUCCGAAACAUCACAUUUGUCUCCUAUCUGGCCUUUCUUUGAAAGAGCAGCCAAGGCUGUCUUUGCAGGAGAAGAACAAAGAUGAGGUCCAAGCAAGUCCCCGGGUUGUUGGGAGGAUCUCUGGUCAUGCAGGGCAUGAUGACCUCUAUCUGACAGGCGCCUCUCCCGAUCUCAUAGAUGUCCUGUUAGCUGAAGCUGAAUCCCUACUGUGCUGCGUCUGUACAACCUCAGGAAUGCAACAGUCUGGUACUGUAGCAAUAUGGUUGAGGGCUAAUAGUCAUAAAUAUGUUUGGAGUGCAAAGGAUAAAUGACCUUUGUUUUGCGUCUACAAGUAUGAAAACAGAGUUCCUUGUGGGGGCAACGUCAUAAGCAUGAAGGUUUUGCCUGUUUGUUUUUAUUUUACCCAUGCCUAAAUCACUGUAGGAUCACAUUGGAAGCGCUAGAUAUGGCUUCCCAUUAGAACGAAUAAAACAGAUCAGCAUCUGCAGAAGGCAUUCUCCCGGAAACAUCUUGCUCCUGAAGUGAAGGCAAGAACCUCUUGUUUUUAUAGUCAGUUAAAAGCUGGCUUACAUGCAACCUAAUAAUGCAAUCCUAAGCAUGCUUUCCUGAGAGUUAGCCCCAUUGAUUCUUAGGAGACCGGCUUAGGAUACCACUGUAAAUGUCCCUCCUGGACUGUUGUCUGUUUUACAAGUUAUGCACAUACAAGUCUUCCUCUCUGGCCUUCCCCCAAAGCUUUUUUUGUCUUGUUCAUUCUGUGCGCUAACCACUAACUGUCCAAAACUCACCUUAUGUUGGCUGGACCACCAUAUGAUCCUUGUAUUUUGUACUUCAGCUGGACUACAUAGCUUUGAUGCAUGCCACAAUCAAUAUGCUGGAUCUUUGACAAGAGAAUAUGGGUUAGCUCAUGUUCUGGAAAAAAAGAGAAUAAGCUGCCAUUUAAGGGACUUUUGCUUCUUUCAUGAUUGAUGGGAUCUGCCACAUAAAAGAAAUGUCUGAGUUCCUGACCUGAGAGUGAUCGUGUAGAGGUUCUAUAUGCAGAGGAGUUAGCCGUGUUAGUCUGUAGUAGCAAAAUCAAAAAGAGUCCAGUAGCACCUUUAAGACUAACCUACUUUAUUGUAGCAUCAGCUUUCGAGAAUCACAGUUCUCUUCGUCAGAUGCAUGGAGGGCAAGAAGAAACUGGUCAGAGAGAGAGAGAGAGAGAGAGAGAGAUCUGACCAGUUUCUUCUUGCCCUCCAUGCAUCUGACGAAGAGAACUGUGAUUCUCGAAAGCUUAAGGUCCUAUAUGAUUCUUCUUGGCAGCACUCACCCAAAAGCCAAAGGCAGCUGCACCCUGGUACAAGGUGAAGAAACACAGCGCAUAGUCAUGAAAUGAAAUAAAUUGUCACUUAACAGGCCUUUCAAUAGAACCGUCCCUGGCUUUCGAUGUAUAAACAUUAAAGUCAAGAGGGGGCAUAGUCUGAAUGUAUGAAUAAUAAUACAGUAAAAUCUAAUUCCCCCCCCUCCCCAAAUUAAGAUGUUUAGUGCAUCCAUCUGCUAACAAACAUGCAUUCCGGACUUUUAAAACCCAUCUCUGCAUUUAAUCACGCGCACAUAUAUAUGACAUAUUUAGGAAUGUGUAUGAGGUGUGCCCAGUUGUCUUUAGGGCAAGUAAGCUGAAAAUUUGUUUUCAGAACGUGCUAAGAAAACAAUGCUGUAAAGAUGGAGACAGUGUAAGCCCCUGGAAGAGUAUUUCUUUUGACCAUUCUUCUUUCUGAAGAAGCAACACAUACACACAUACUUCCUGACAAAGAAGAAAGAAUGAAACUGUUCUUAGAAUAAUUGCCUUAAAUGUGUUUGUUUUUUGCUGCUUUUGUGCCUUAUGCUCAUAAUGCAACUCUGGGGAACGUGAAUGCCAGAUGUGCCCACGUGUUGCAAGCCCCAAGGGAACAGUUGUAGUUCUGUUUGCUAGCCUGCUGAUGUUUGACGGCACAACUCUUUUUGGUCCCUGUGGUGGGAUCAGCACAUAGUACAAUCUGCAUGUCAGGCGCUCCUGCCGCAGCUGAUGUAUCUGUUAUGUUGCCGCAAUUGGCACUUUGAGACAAAAAUUGGGACAGAAUAUUUGUUAUGGGCCUUUUAUAAUACUUGCGAGUAUAAGAGUGUAAUGUGGAUUUUGAUAUCAAAUUUAAACCAACGCAAUUGCAUAAAAAUGUGUGCUAAUAUGUAAAGUGUUCAAAAUGUGUAAAUGUGGCAGGAUGUGCCUGGAGGUAUAGGAAGUCGUCUGAUGUGAAUGUUCUCUGUCUUUUCCUAUAUUUUCUGCCCUUUCCACUUAUAUGCCUUCCCCUUCCACCACUACCACUCCAUCUGAAGUACCAAAAGUUGAAGUUCACUAAAUUCCCAAAUGUGGCAUAUUUGCAUGAUUAAUUUUAAAUGCAGAAUCUGGUUUCCUUGGCACAUAAUUCUGCCUUCUAGGCUGUAGCAUGUACCAGGUGUUUUUUUUUUUUCCAGUGCAGAGCACUGACUUCAAGAGAGUGAUUUGGAUUGUUGAAUUGUUUAUUUGUAUAUGAUCAGACUGUUGCAGCUUUAGCUGCCCUAACUGAAUGCAGGAACAUUCCCCAUCAAGUUACCAACCUCCUAUUAACAAAGGAAUAUUUUUAGAAGUAUGUUAUUUUCUUAUUAUCAUCUUUGAGAAAACCAGCUGUAUAUACCCAGCACCGCAGUAGCAUUUUGUGAGCCUAGAAACGUCAAGGUAUACUUUCUCAAAUAUAAGCUUUUUCUAAACAUAAUGGCUUUUAAAACCUAGCAGAAUACAAUAAAAAACUAAGACUGUAACAGAUUGUGAUGUCUGAUUGAUAUCAGUAAAAGGCUGAGAAUGAUAUUAAGGCACAGGAAAAAUAAACUGAUAAGCACAACUGUUAGUAAUGGACAGGGCUUUUUUUCAGCAGGAACGUGGUAGA